CUACCUAACUGGGUAUACUGUCAAUACUGAUACUAAAGACCUUUGAAGAAUUUAUUAGGAGGUAGUCAAUUUGAAUUAUACUAAUAAAUAUAUUCAUUUCAAGCAUGAUACGGCGACAAUGUCAAAUUCCAAAGUAGCCAUCAUAACUGGCGGUGCCUCAGGACUGGGAUUGGCUACUGCCAGAUCUUUAUCUCAGAAGGGUUGGCAUGUACAUGUCUUCGACUUGAGCGUAACUGACGAUGAUUCCGUAAAGUCUGAAAUAAACAGAUGCGCUUUCCAUAAAGUGGAUGUCACCUCUUGGGAUUCGCUAUCAUCCGCAUUCGAUGCCGUCUUCAAAGCCGAAGGUCGGCUUGACUUCGUUUUUGCAAACGCCGGUGUCAUGGAAAAGGGAAAUUUCUUCGAAAGGCAUAAUCCAUCCUUACCUCCACCAGAACCAGAAGAGCUAUCUGUCGGUGUCAAUUUAAAAGGAGCGGUCAAAACAAGCUAUCUUGCCCAGCAUUACUUCAGAGCCAAUGCGAUCAGUACCGAUGACUGCGUGCUCAUUAUGACAUCUAGCAUAGCUGGCAUAUACCCUCAAUCCAUCACCCCUCUUUAUUCGGCAACCAAAGCGGGUAUAGUGAAUUUUAUGCGCUCGAUAGCUCCUAUCUUCUACCAGGAAGACGGUAUAAGAACCUACGCCAUCUGUCCCGGGUCGGUGCGAACAAACCUACUACCUACAGAGCUAUGGGACGCGUAUCCGCAGAAAUACCUAACUCAGAUGCAACAAGUGACCUCCACCGUCGAGUCGCUUGUUUACGGUAAGAGCUUCGAGGAUUCUUGGGGUCAGAAGUUUGACAAAUCAACGGUUGGUCUUGUCGUUGAAAUCUUUGUCGACGAUGUGUAUUUUAGGGGUCCGCCGAGUCCUUGCAACGAUGACAUGAAAUUUAUAUUGGAACUUAUGCACCCAACGAAGGAGGAAAAUGUAAGCGAGAAAGGGACGGAAGCCCAGAGUUAACUAGACAUCUGGAAAACUACUAGAUCCAGGAAAAUAUUAUCAUUCAUACCAGAACCUUAGAAAUGGUAGUAAUACCGACUAUUGACUUCGAAUAUGUAUAGGGGUAAGGGUGUUUCUAAAUCUCGGAGGCAGCCCAUGCUACCACCUACUCAACCUUAGGUAAUUACCAUGUCCCAGGCAGCACUAGACUUAGAAUAUACAUAGCCUUUGGGGGUGAGAUUGCCAUUCACGCUUUCCGGGGGCACAUUAGCUGUAGUACGCGCAUAUGUCCCUCUUACAAGUGAGUGAAGCUUCAGUGCCAGCCUCCGAUUUUACCUCUAGUGGCUGGAAACAGAACUGCACGGGUAGCAUCAAUAAACCUCCGGAUGCCUCCCAAGAAGUACUCCUAAUAGCCAUACCGUAGAAAGAACCCUAGGA